AUGUGUGUCGCUCAGUGCUCCAGGUGUGUGGGAAUAGCCCUGAUUCCCAUUGCAAGCAUGUGCAUGGUGGCAAAUGUGUUGCUGUUAUUUCCUGACAUGAAAUAUCACUAUCUGAUGGAGAACAAUGUAACCAAGGAGGCUGUGUGGUGCUCUGGUAUAUGGGCUUCAGGGUUUCUGGUGCUCAUAUCUGCUCGAGGGUUCACAUCACAAUCUGAAAAGAAAGGAUGCUGUUAUUUUAGAGCUGAGAUGUUGUGUAAGUUGUGGUACACAUGUUUGGCUCUGGUGGCAGCUGGAUUUUGUUUCAUGGUCAGCGGGACCGGACUGGCACAGGGGCCCCUCUGUCUGCACAAUGGCACCGAGGGCCUUAAGUGGGAACGGCCAUUAAAACAAGUUAAAAGUGGAGAGAAGCUUUAUCUAUAUGAGCCUGAAAGGUGGGCCUCUGCCUGCGUGGAACCUCGAGGUGUCGUGACCUGGAAUAUUGUUCUAUUCUCUGUUCUCAUGGCAGCAAGUGGACUUGAGCUCAUUUUCUGUGCUGUGCAUCUUCUUACAGCAAUACUGGGAGUCAUCUGUGGACCAAGCUUCUGCAAGAACAAGGUUGUUCCUGCAUGAAGAGAGUAAAGUUGUUGUUUUUUUAAAGUGGAAAUCCAUAUUUUCAUCUACAUGUGAGAAUGACAUUUGUAACUAUGACUGUUUAAUCCAUUUCAAACAGACAGAAAUAGAAAUGAGAAGUGGAUUAAGAGGCAAGUUGUCCCUGAAAUAUCUUCCUACACAGUCUUGCCGUUGAUUUCUUCACUGUUUGUCAUUUUAUAUACAGUACACAAAUAAGCUGUUUAUAACAUAGUGUUAUAUAUAUCUAAUUGCAUGUUUUCACAUUUUUGUGCAAUGCAUAUAAAUAAGUGCAGUAAUUUUAGCUAUUUCAAUAUAGUAUGUGAACAAACACUAGGUUUAUAUAAUUUUGUAGCCAUUGAAAUGUGAAUGUAUAGAAAUAGUUUUACUUAAUUUUAAAUUUUUUUGAUUUAAUUUUGAUUUAAACUACUUACUUAUACCAUAUUUAUAUAAGGGAAUGCAUAAUUUGCUAAAUACUUGCAUUGAGUUGAAAUUAAAAUAUUUAACGAUGCUUAUAACUUUAUUAUGAAAUCUAUUUACAUGGUCUAUGUAUAGAGAAUAUACAAAUAAAAUACAAGAAUAGCAAAACCUUUGUGUCUU